AUGGCUGACACAAUAAAUGUGACUUCAUCUUCCAACCAGACCUGCGAUGCUGUUAACACUUCAGCCUAUCCUUUCUUUAUGCUGGUCUACAGUCUAGUGUUCCUGGUGGGUUUAAUCCUCAAUGGCUUCAUCAUGAAGUUUCACUUUUGUGGAGCACAGCAGCGGGCAUCGAGCAGCUUGAAGAUCUACCUGAAAAACCUGACAGCUGCUGACUUCCUGCUCUGCCUCUCUUUGCCACUCCGCAUCACCCACUAUGCUAGCAGCUCUGUCAUCAUUCGGCAGCUCUACUGUAGUUUUGGAGCUUGUGCCAUCUUCCUCAACAUGUACGCCAGCAUCAUAUUCAUGGGCUACAUCGCUGCCAACAGGUAUCUAAAGAUCAUCCAGCCUUCAGGAACUCACAUCCUGCAGACAGCAAAAACUGCCCACAUCAUUUCCAUCAUUACCUGGGUGUUUCUCCUGGUUCCGACUGUGACAUACACCAUCCUGUUUUUCAUCACCCAGACCCCUCACCUCCGCAGGGUGUUGCAGGCACAGCAGAGUCAGCUGGCCUCCUCUGGCUCCGAGAAGCUUGUGAAGUCUCGCAGGAACAUGUUAGUGCUGGUCAGCAUCUUCUGUGUUUGUUUUGUCCCCUAUCACCUGGCUCGUCUUCCCUAUAGUCUUCUGUGGAGCAAUGACUCUGUAGGCUCAGUCUUGAACUAUGUAAUGGAGGUGACCACCAUGGUGGCAGUUUUCAAUGUCUGCCUGGACCCUGUUGUUUACUUUUUCCUCUGUAAGUCUUUCCGGGCAAAGAUGAGGAAGGUGGCCAUUGUGACCAAUAUCCGACAAGCAACUGAAGAGAGUGAGCUCAGCAAGGAGCAUCUGGACAUUAACAGUCUGCAGGAGACAGACACAACACUGUGA